AAAUUCGUGCGAAUUCGUGGAAGCUCGUGUAGACUCGUCUAGGCUCAUGUACAAUCCUUUUCCCGCUUGUUUUCCGAAAUGUCAAAAUAGAAUUAGUAAUGGCGUCACUUCGAGUAAUAUUAAAUUGACCAAUUCUUAAAAAUCUUGAAAGUUUUGAAAGUAUCGAAUGUUUUGAGAAGCUUGAAUUCUUUUGACAAUAAACAUUUACGUAACUAUUACAGCAUAUUAACAUUAUAAUAAAUAAAUUGUGUUACUGUGUGGAUUUUCUACUUAUAAAAAAAAUAUUAAUUGGUAGAAUCGAAACGGAGUGGGAGGUUGGUCGUUUUAACCAAUCAGACUGCACACGUUUCUUCUCCAUGCGGGAACAAAUUAUAAAUGAACAAUUAUAAACGCAUUUAUGUUCAGAAUGCUGCAUAAGUCACGAAUUUAGUUAUGAAAAAAAAAUGGCGGAAUACGAGAGAGUAAGAACUGGAAAACUUGUUUUGAAGGGAGAAAAAAUAAGAUCAAGGAAACGAAAAUCUAAGAAACAAGAAACCAGAGAAAGCGUCACUAUUGAUAAUGAAGAUAUCAAGCUUCAUGGUGGUUGGUGGAAGACCAAUAGUGUCAAAGAGAUAACGGGUACAGUAGCCAUCGAGUUUGGAAAACAAACCUACAUAAAGGCUCUUGAUAAUGGGCUUUUUACGCUCGGUGCUCCUCACGCAGAUGGCGAAGGCCCUAGUCCUGAAGAAAUUUUAACAGCAUUUCGUAUAAGCGACAAUUUAAUAGCGUUAAAGUCUGGUUAUGGUAAAUAUCUUGGCGUUGACAAAAAUGGUGUUGUUGUGGGACGUAGUGAUGCAGUAGGUGCAAUUGAACAAUGGGAACCAAUUUUUGAAAGCGAUAAACUUGCUAUAUUAAGUAAUACGAUGGGAAACUUCAUUUCUAUAACCGACGAAGAUGACGUUAUUUGCCAAAGUAAAAUAGCAGGUUUAUCAGAAUAUGUUACUAUAAGAAGUAUUAUAGAACGUGACAAUAAACCUAAUAAAGAUAUUCCAAAAGAAGAAGUUGGUUCGUUAGCUGACGUAGAAGUAAACUAUGUACGUAAAUUUCAAAAAUUUCAAGAUAAGAAACUAAGGAUAAAUAAAGAAGAUCGAUCUGCCUUAGAAAAAGCUAAAACGGAAGGAAAUUUACAUGAAACUUUAUUAGAUCGAAGAAGUAAAAUGAAAGCUGAUCGUUACUGUAAAUAAGAUUAUUUGUAUUAAAAUAGUAAUAUAUUAUUGGGUUGCUUGGAUACAUAUCUCUGUUAGUAUAUAUAUAUGUUUACAUUAAAAUUGUAAUAUAAUAUUUAGUUAGGCAAUUCAAUAUUUACACCAUUAAGUUAUUCGAUAAAUUUGUGUCAAUUUUAAAAUAA